GUCUGAAUUGUCCAACCAACUUAACGCUUAAACAAACGACCAAUUACAGAUCAGAAGACUUAAUGGAAAAUAACUAAUCCUAGUGCAGGAGGCGGAAUUUGUCUCAAAACGGGUAGGAUCAAAAAUAUUAACACAGGAAGUACAACAUUCCCGGUGGUCAGAGGUUAAGGGUUAAAAACAAAAUGGCGGCGGUUAAGCGUGUGCUUUAUGUCGGUGGUUUAGCAGAAGAAGUGGAUGAGAAAGUGUUACACGCAGCAUUCAUUCCAUUUGGUGACAUCACGGAUAUUCAGAUCCCUCUGGAUUAUGAAACCGAGAAGCAUCGUGGAUUUGCCUUCAUUGAGUUCGAGCUGGCUGAGGAUGCUGCUGCAGCUAUUGAUAACAUGAAUGAGUCGGAGCUCUUCGGUCGCACCAUCAGAGUGAACAUCGCCAAACCCAUGAGGAUUAAAGAGGGCUCGUCUCGGCCCGUGUGGUCUGAUGAUGACUGGCUGAAAAAGUUCUCAGGCAAGACGACGGAGGAGGCAGAGGAGGGGGCGGAGCCAGCUGGAGAAGACGCCAAUACCACGACACAGGAGGGUGAGCCCCCAGCUAAGAAGGGCAGAGCAAACCCACAGGUCUACAUGGACAUCAAGAUUGGUAAUAAACCUGCAGGAAGGCUGCGCAUGUUACUCCGAGCUGAUGUAGUGCCCAUGACUGCAGAGAACUUCCGCUGCCUGUGCACGCACGAGAAAGGCUUCGGCUUCAAGGGCAGCAGCUUCCACAGGAUCAUCCCUCAGUUCAUGUGUCAGGGAGGAGACUUUACCAAUCACAACGGCACUGGAGGCAAAUCCAUCUACGGACGCAAGUUUGAUGACGAGAACUUUGUGCUCAAACACACCGCCGCAGGUCUUCUCUCAAUGGCGAACUCUGGGUCAAACACAAACGGCUCACAGUUCUUCAUUACCUGUGACAAAACGGACUGGCUGGAUGGCAAGCACGUAGUGUUCGGAGAACUGCUGGAGGGCAUGGAUGUGGUGCGGGCCAUGGAGGCUCAGGGAAAUAAAGAUGGCAAACCAAAACAGAAGGUGAUUAUAUCUGACUGUGGGGAGUACGUCUGAGCACCUGUACCUGUUGAGUGUGUGUGGAACAUGCAUGUUUUGAAUGCCGAAGUGAGUCUGUGUAUGUCUGUGAGACUGUUUAUUCAGUUUGUGGGAAAACUGCCACAUCACUAUUCUUUUGUAUGAUGGAUUUGUAAAUAUCUAAUAAAUUUUAUAAUGAAAACCA